CCCUGCCGCAUCGCACCCUGCCGUCCCGCCACCACACCUUCCGCACCGUCGCAGCCCAACCCACCCUUCACCCCUCCCGCUAAUACCUCCCGCCGCCACCAUGCACGCCUCCUCCGCCCUCAUGGCCCUCACCGGCCUCGUCGCCGCCGGCGUCGCCCUCGCGCAGAGCGGCCUCACCGUCGCCACGCCGCCGGCCUUCGUGCAGUGCCAGCCCAUCAACCUCAGCUGGAGCGGCGGCACUGCGCCGUACUUCCCGCGCAUCACGACGCCCGGCGCCUCGGGCACCACCGUCGUGCAGUUCGACCAGACGAGCAGCACGUCGCAGGUCUGGACCGUCAACCAGGCCGUCGGCUCGCAGUUCACCAUCGCCGUGACGGACUCGACGGGCUUCACGCAGUACUCCAGCACCACGAACCCCGUCGUCGCCGGCAGCUCGAGCAGCUGCGUCGGCCAGUCGAGCUCCAGCGGCUCUCUCUUCGCCUUCUGCUCCUGAACAAUGACGACGACGAUGAUGAUGAUGUCCUGCCGCCUGCCGCUGCGCCACCUCCACGACGCACACGCCCCUCGCUGCUUCCCGCUUCACCCUCUCCCACGUCCGCCCACCUGCAUAUUCAGUCUUCUCCCUCU